UACUGUUUUGCCCAAACUGGACAUUGCACGACAUUUACCUUUUUGUUAUUCCAUCUCAAGCGCCCUGUCCCAGCGGCCAGCCGACGCGCUGAUUGUUGUUGCGCGAAGCCACCGCGUCUGCACAACGUUGAACUUGUGACCCCAGACCUAACAAAUCACGGAACUCAGUUGCGCAGGUGUCCUUUGACUUUCCGCAGUCGACUCCCUCCCCUCUGCCCAACUUGCGGUCAGAAUUGACCCAAUCGUCGCCCAACUUCAUCGACCUCUACCCUCCCUACUUCCGCACCCAAUUGCAGGAGAACCCAUCAAGGCACGCAGCCAACGAACUUGCUGUUCUUCCGCACAUACCUUGCAUUUAGGCUCAACCGAGGCGGCCGUGAAGCGAAUAAGCACGUAGUCCCGUGCCCCCUUGCUCUGACGCAACCGUGCAUUGGGCUGAUCGGAAAAUAGACCGAUUCAGAUUCGACAAGGAGUGACGUGUACACUGGCUAGCAGAGCAACCCUGUGAUCCCUGCUGAAGUCGCUACCCGUUUCGCGUGUCCAAAAAGACGUAAAAAUCAUGUCGUCGGCCUCUCCUUCGAAUCCCAAGGAACCUGAGGUGGAAUCAGCAGCACAGUCAGGCGACGACCCGGAGCACAUGGAAAGAGAACACCAAGAUACGCAACCGCAAACUCAAGGCGAAUUUGAGGUAAAAGAGCAGGAUCGAUGGCUCCCGAUUGCAAAUGUUGCCCGGAUUAUGAAGACCGCGCUGCCCGAGAAUGCGAAGAUUGCCAAAGAGGCCAAGGAGUGCAUGCAGGAAUGUGUAAGCGAAUUCAUCUCCUUCAUCACCAGCGAAGCUUCGGAGAAGUGUCAGGGAGAAAAGCGCAAGACUGUCAAUGGCGAGGACAUAUUGUUCGCGAUGACCUCGCUUGGUUUCGAGAACUACUCGGAGGCUUUGAAGAUCUAUCUAUCAAAGUAUCGCGAAACCCAAUCCUCAAGGGCGGAGAACCAGAACCGGCCAGCGAGCAGCGAAUACCCUCAGGGUGGACCCGUCGGCGGCACUGGCGCCGCAGGCGCCGGCGCCAUUGGUGGGCCAGCGGCGACCGCACCCGGCUUCGCAGUUCCACCCGAGAAUGCCAACAACAUUUUGAGUACGAAUCUGGACCCGAACGAGCAAGACAACGCGACAUACGGAUAUCCGCCAAUGGUAGGCGCGACGCACAAUGGUGCCGGUGGCGAGACCUACUAGCAUUGGCGAAGACAAUUCCGGGGUCUAGGUUACGACGGCAGGUUGCGCAUGAGCAGAAAGCCAGCAUAUGGCAUCUACCUAUUCCCCGCGCAAGACAAGGCAUGAGCAUAUGUCUCGCACUGGAGACGGCGAGAGAAGUAAAGACAUGAAGGGGAGAGGAUAUUGCGGAAAUCAUCGGGCUAUAGAUUUGAGUGCUCAGAGCCACACGGGAUUUCUUUUUUAAUAGUUAGUCUUGUGAUUUUGUGUUUAAUUUCGAGGCGUAUGAAUAUGUAUACAAGGAGGAGAAGAGGGAACCAGACGCGAACGGACCUGAGGGAAGUUUAGUUGGAGAAUAUGAGAAUUUCUUCUUAAAC